AUGGGCAGCUUCUCCAAUGACGCCAUCAUUACGGAGGCGGACAUCGCUGACGACGUUCCCAGCAGCUCACGGCAACUCAGCUCCUGGCUGCGGCGGACGCGGCAAAACAAGAUACGAAAGGUUGUUCGUGAGGUGUAUCUGAGAGACGACAUCAUCCCGGAGCCUUUUGAAGGCGCAGACCAGGUUUUAGUGUUGGACACGAACAUCGUGCUCCAUCAAAUCGAUUUGAUUGCGGAGGAUGAAUGCGUGAACCAUGUUGUGGUGCCAUACACGGUUUUGCAGGAAGUCAGACACAGAAACAUGGGAAUCUAUGCCCGGCUUCGAGCGCUUUGCCGCGUUGAGACAGGUGAUGUAAAGCAAGACAAGGAGACCGAAGCAGAGCUCAACGAAGAACCGGCUCCUCCAAGCAAUGCGCGGAGGGGCGUCGGAGAUCGCGAGAGAGCCAAGGAGAUGGCCUCGGCUAGGAACGCACGUCGUUUCUACGUCUUUCCGAACGAAUUCUUCCGAGAGACGUACGUGGAGCGUGCUCCGCAGGAGUCUCAAAAUGACAGGAAUGAUCGGGCGAUUCGCCGAGUGGCUCACUGGUAUCGGCGGCAUAUCGUUGGUCCAGAGGUGCUCCUGCUUACGGAUGACCGUGCCUGCAAGGCGAAAGCGGUAUCUGAUGGACUUGUUGCUUUCCGUGCAGCCGAGUUUGUGGAGAGGAUGAGGGCCAAGUUCCCAGAAGCUGGUGAAAAGCUGGCGCUUCGGGAAGAUGAGGAAGUGGAUAUGCAAGAAGCUGGCGGUGCCGCCACGCAGUCCAAGUCGCCUGCAAGCACCCCACGGGGCACGAAGCGAAAGGAUGCUUUUGUGAAAUCAUCUGAUGGCUCUGUCUACCCGGCUCACUUAAAAGCGAGUGAGGUCGAGCGUGGCCUCAAGGAGAGGCGUCUCUUUCAAGGUGUGCUACGCAUGCACAUGAACACGUGCAUGCACGGCACUGUGACAUGCAGUGGAACGGAAGAAGUCGAAGUCUCUGGCCGGCUGGCGCUCAACCGUGCCAUUGACGGCGACGUAGUUGUUGUGGAGAAGGUGGACAGCGUCGACGUCCUCGAGCGUGCCGACAAACGCCUGCGCCUUGAGGUGGGAGACCCAGACUUCGGGGUUUCGGGCAAAGCUCCCUCUGCAGCUGAUGAGAUUAAGGAGAUGCAGACUCAGGCAUCUUCAGUAGAACGUCCCAAGGCGCGGGUGGUAGGCAUUCUGAAGCGCAACUGGCGUGAGUACUGCGGCACCUUGAGGCCGCUCCAGGCGGAGCGGCAGCAGGAGCACGGACCAGGCACCUACAACAAGUCUGACCGGAUUUUCGUUCCAGCAGAUGCCCGGCUACCUAACAUCAUGAUACAGACCAGGCAUUCUGCAAACUUAGAGAACAAGCGCAUCGUGGUGGUAUUGGAUGGUUGGGAUCGGUUCAGCCAUCAUCCUUCCGGCCAUUGGACCAAGAUUCUGGGCGAUGUUGGGGACAGAUCUGUUGAGAGCAUGGUGAUCCUGCAUGAGCAUGGUGUCAUCACCCGGGAGUUCAGCGAAGCGGUGUACCGGUGUCUGCCUUCGGCAGACUGGCAGCCUGGUCCCGAGGACCUCAAGGGUCGAGAAGACCUUCGAGGGAUCUGCGUGUGUUCUGUAGAUCCUCCCGGAUGCAAGGACAUUGACGAUGCUGUUUCCUGUGAGCCGCUGCCGAAUGGUAACUAUCGCGUGGGCGUUCACAUCGCGGACGUCACGCACUUCGUGCACCCGGGCACGGCCAUUGACAACGAGGCGGCCGAAAGAUGUACCACAGUUUACCUCGUGGAGCGCCGAACGGACAUGUUGCCAGGCCUUCUCACCACGGACAUCUGCUCCUUGCGUGGUCAGGUAGAGCGCCUCACCUUCUCAGUUCUUUGGGAGAUGACUCCGGAAGCAGAGAUUGUUGACACCAAGUUCUGCAAGGCGAUCAUCAAAUCCCGCGCGGCUCUCUCGUAUGCAGAGGCGCAGGCCCGGAUCGACGAUCCAAAGGACAACUCGGAGAUUACGAGGAUUCUCAGGACCCUGCUGAAGCUGACCCGGCAGAUACGCGGGCGGCGGGUGGACAACGGUGCCCUGGAGCUUGCCUCGCAGGAGGUCCGCUUUGAGCUGGACAGCGAGACACAGGAUCCGACUGACGUCGCAGAGUACCAGCAGCGUGAAACUAACAAGCUCAUUGAGGAGCUCAUGCUGUUGGCGAACCAGGCGGUGGCCUCCAAGAUUUUGAGCAGCUUCCCUAUGUUCGGAGUUCUGCGAAGGCAUCCGCCGCCGAAGGAUGAGCAGCUGAAGGUUUUGCAGAAGCUGCUGGCGAAGAACGGCAUCCACGACUUCAAGUUUGGCAGCAACAAGGAGCUCUCCGAUUCGCUGCAGAAGGCUGUGAAGCCCGAGGAUCCUUUCUUCAAUACCUUGAUCCGGAUCAUGACAACCAGGUGCAUGAACCAAGCCGUCUACUUCUGCACUGGGGAAGUGCAGCCGGCAUUGUAUGGUCACUAUGGCCUUGCAAUGGAGCGCUACACGCACUUCACAUCCCCAAUUCGCCGCUAUGCCGACGUCUUGGCGCACCGCCUGUUGGCUGCCUCCUUGGGAUUGAUUCCGUUGCCGGAGCAGCUGCAGUCCAAGGCUACCAUUUCGGAGCAGUGCGACAAAAUUAAUGUGAAGCAUCGUAUGUCCCAAUUUGCCAGCCGAGCCUCUGCUGACCUGCACACUUUCAUGUUCUUCAACAAGAAGGGGCAGCAGAACGCAGAGGCGGUGGUCACCCGAAUCCGUCGAUCUGGCAUGCAGGUCAACGUGCCUCGCUAUGGUAUCGAGGGAGUUGUGGCAAUGCCUGAGGAGGACUGGGACGUGCGGGAAGAGGAGCAGUGCAUCCUCAGCAAGAAGGAGGCGGAUGUACGGAUCGACAUCUUCGCGCACAUCAAGGUGAACAUCGAGUCCGACAAUUCAGACUUCCGGAACCGCACCCACAUUCGCUUCGACCGCGUGAUACAGGAUUCAGAGCGUGAGCAGUACGCAGCUGUGGAGGCUGCGCGGAAGCAGGUCCAGGAAGAGAUGUUCCCUGACUUGCUGGAGCGUGAGGCGAACUAG